GUAAAAAAAUAAAAAACGAAAAAGAAAGAAAGAUGGCUGCAGUAGUUAAAGUUGAAAAGACUGGUGAAUUUGAUCAAUUGCUAACGAAUGCUGGCAGCUAUCUGGUUGUUGUUCACUUCUCGGCACCAUGGGCUCCACAGUGUCAACAAAUGCACGAUGUCAUGACAGAAUUGUUGAAGGAUCCAGAGCUGAGCAAUGUCAAGUUCCUGGAGAUUGAUGCAGAAGGACUGGCAGAAAUUUCACAAAAGUAUCAAGUAAUAGCUGUACCAACAUGUGUAUUUUUUAAGAACAAGGCACAGAUUGACCGACUGGAUGGUGCAAAAGCAGCAGAACUAACUAAAAAGGUUAAACAACUUGCAUCCGGGGGGAGUGACGCUUUGUCGUCGCCUGCACCACCUACCAAGGAGGAUCUUAAUACAAGACUGAAGACCCUCAUCUCAGCAGCCCCUAUCAUGCUGUUCAUAAAAGGGACACCGGAGGAACCGAGAUGUGGAUUUAGCCGUCAGCUUAUACAAAUUCUGAAUGAUAAGAACAUCAACUAUAGCACCUUCAACAUACUGGCAGAUAAGGAGAUCCGACAAGGUUUAAAGACGUACUCCAACUGGCCCACCUAUCCACAGGUGUACUGCAGUGGUGAACUGGUCGGAGGUCUGGACAUCAUUAAAGAGUUGGUGGAAACUGGUCAGCUCGAGUCAGAACUAAAAGCUGGAGGGGACAACAACUUGGAAGAAAGAUUAAAGUCCCUUGUCAAGCAGUCUGAUGUUAUGGUGUUUAUGAAAGGAUGUCCCGAAGCUCCCAGGUGUGGUUUCAGCAAAACGCUUGUUGGUAUUCUUGGAGAAACCGGCGUACAGUACAAGACGUUUGAUAUCUUAACUGACGAAGAAGUUCGACAAGGCUUGAAGAAGUUCUCAAAUUGGCCCACCUACCCUCAGGUUUAUGUUAAAGGAGAGCUUAUUGGUGGCCUCGACAUAAUUAAGGAACUAAAAGAAGGGGGAGAACUGGAGAGCACGCUAAAGGGAGGAAACUGAACAGUAUUAGUGUUCAAUAUAAAGACUGUACAUGUUUUAUCAUCGAAAUGGUCGACCGGAAGCAUUAUGAAGGGAAAAUCAAAUUCAACAACUUGCUUCACUGAAUUUUUUUUUUUGUGUGGUCAAAUUCGUAGAUUAAAAGAUACUUGAUCGUGGACAAACAUCUGUUGGAUAAUAAAACAAGACUAUACUUUAUUCAGAAAGAACAUAUAAGUAUCGUAGAGUAAUCAAUAGUCGCGCACGUCACAUUUUUUCUAAAGCUCACGAGCAUGUGCGAACCAGUGACGUCACAUUUAUCAACAAAUGAUAACACAAAACUUCCUGGUCCAUUAACAGAAUGUCUAAAAAUUAAUGAAAAACAUUUUGAUAUGUGAUUUACAUCAUUUGUUUUUUCAUCAGUGAAAACUUAGUUUUCUACAAUACCAAAUAUAAGGGUCCAGAGACGGAAAUUGCCGAACAUGGAAUGUGCAACUAUUUGUUACGUUUUACGUAGCACGCCAGAAAUGGGUGCUAUUGAAAAACUUGCUUUGGCAAAUGAAUUUGACAGUAAAUGUUAAUAACAAAUAAUGUGUUAUAUACAGCAAAGGACUAUUUAAGUAAAUAAUGUUUGUUUUAUUUCUUUUUGGUUACACAUGUUUACUUUACUGUUUGUUCUUACGUGCAUGACUGUUGAUUACCGGUACUCCAGGAUAUAUUAAAAUGAGUAUGCUAUGAAAAUAGACUUGUUUUUAUGUUUUAACAAGUUUAAAUUAAAAACAAAUACAACCCAC